AUGUCUGAGGAGCUCACUUACGCCGAGGUGUCAAAACACUCCUCCAAGAAAGAUCUCUACGUUGUCAUCCACGACAACAUCUACAAUGCCUCGUCUUUCAUCGACGAGCAUCCUGGCGGUGAAGAAGUUCUCCUCGAUGUUGGCGGUCAAGACGCAACCGAAGCUUUUGAAGAUGUUGGACACUCAGACGAAGCCCGCGAAAUCCUCGCCGGCCUCAAGAUCGGAACCCUGAAACGUGCUCCAGGAGACCCUGCCCCCAAGACUGGUGCUACUGAUAAGAUUGCUGCUGGGCCAGGUGGACGGUCUAGUGAUGCCGGAACAGGAAUGGGUAUUGCCAUGUACGCCGUGCUCUUGGUCGGCGCCGUCGUCGCAUAUUUUGGAUACACCUACAUGCAAAGUCAAGAAAGCAAAUAG